GCAUUGUGGGCCUAGUCUAGGCACCCCGAACUAGGCCUUGGGUAGAGGCGGUGGCGGUGGCAGAGGCAGCGGUGGUGUAAGGCAGUAUGUUCUGAGGGCGUGAACAUGGACUUUUCUCGGCUCCACAUGUACACUCCUCCUCAGUGUGUGCCUGAGAACACUGGCUACACGUAUGCACUCAGUUCAAGUUACUCUUCUGACGCUCUGGAGUUUGAGACUCAGCACAAAUUGGAUCCUGUAUUUGAUUCUCCAAGAAUGUCCCGCCGCAGUUUGCGCCUGGUAACCACAGCGUACACCCCUGGCAGCGGCCAGGCUGGGGAUGCCCACUCCUGCGUGGGCAGCACCACCUCCCUGGAGGACAGAGUAGCCAGAACAGUGAAACAGGGCAGAAGUGCCAGCAAACCAGCCUUUGGUGUAAACCACACCUCAACAAAGGUCACAUCCUUGGCCGUUGGCCACAGUGGCUCUAGUGGGCUGCAGGCUAAGGCUUGUCUUCGGCCUCCCAUGCUGGAUGAGUCUCUGAUCCGUGAGCAGACCAAAGUGGACCACUUCUGGGGUCUUGAUGAUGAUGGAGAUCUUAAAGGUGGAAAUAAAGCUGUCAUCCAGGAAAAUGGUGACCUGGCAGCAGGUGCAGCCAGGAGCAACGGCUACACGUGCAGUGAAUGCAGCGCGCUGUCUGCACACAAGGACAUGCUCACUGCAUGCUCUACUUCCCAGGGCACAUGGUCGAGAGUCUACUCUAGGGACAGGAGUCAAAAAUCUCCUUCCAGUGACUAUGGGCAAGUGAACGUGAGCCAGUCUCUCAGGGAGGACAGUCAUGCCAGUGUGAGUGUGGACUCCCGUCACUCUGUGCAGAUGCUGCGGAGGAUUGGAGCUGCAGGGCGAUUUGUGGUGGAGACGGUCUCGUCAGCUCUUUGGUUGGCCACAAUUGCUCCAGGGAAGGCAGCCUCUGGAAUAUACUGGUGGCUAGGGAUUGGAUGGUACCAGUUUGUUACUUUGAUUUCUUGGCUGAAUGUGUUUCUUCUUAUAAGGUGCCUUCGACCUAUUUGCAAGUGUCUAAUCUUGCUCUUUCCACUGUUGCUUUUAGUAGGGGCAGGUCUUUCCUUGUGGGGCUCAGCAGACGUGUCAUUCCUGCCUGUGUCAAGCUGGACACACAGGAACAGAACACAGAGGGCAGACGACCCAGAGACCAUGCUCAUGCCCGAGGCUUCUCACCGGGACCGGCCUCUGGAGGGUGAGGAGGCUUUUGGCUGGCAUUGGAUGAGUGACGUAGAAAGACAGGUGACAUCUUUGUCUGGACAGUGUCACAGCCAUGACAAGAAGCUGAGAGAACUGACAGUUUUGCUUCAGAAACUACAAGCCCAGGUGGACCAGAUGGUCAGUGGUGGAGGGGUGCUGUCCCUGGUUAGGAGUGUGGUGACACAGCACUUGCUGGAGACGCAUGCCGGUGGGCUCCCAGGCUUCCAGACUGACUAUCUGACUCUCCACCAAGAACAGGAGCUGCGCAUCUCAAACUUGGAAGAUAUUCUUGGAAAACUAGCAGGAAAAUCGGAGGCCAUCCAGAAGGAAUUAGAACAGAUCAAGCUAAGAACAAUUAGUGGAGUCGACGAAGACCAGCGCCUGCUCUCCGUGGUUAGGCAUCUUGAACUGGAGCUGGGUCAUCUGAAAUCAGAAUUGUCAGAUUGGCAGCAUUUGAAAACCAGCUGUGGAAGGCUAGAUAAAAUACAUGAAAAGGUAGACGCCCAAGUCAGAGAAACUAUCAAACUCAUGUUUUCCGGUGAUCAGCAAGAUGGUUCUCUUGAAUGGGUGCUGCAGAAGGUUUCUUCUCAGUUUGUGAGCAAAGAUGACUUGCAGAUUUUAUUGCAAGAUUUAGAGAUGCGGAUACUGAAGAACAUUACCCACCACAUUUCUGUGAGAAAACAGAUCCCAACUCCUGAGACUGUAGCUUCUGCUAUGAGUGAGGCAGGGGUUUCUGGAAUAACAGAAGCGCAAGCACAUGUCAUCGUCAGCAACGCUUUGAAAUUGUAUUCCCAAGAUAAGACUGGCAUGGUAGACUUUGCCCUGGAAUCUGGGGGUGGCAGCAUCCUGGGCACACGCUGUUCUGAGACCUAUGAGACCAAGACGGCGCUCAUCAGCCUGUUUGGGAUCCCUCUGUGGUACUUCUCUCAGUCCCCCCGCGUGGUGAUCCAGCCUGACAUAUAUCCAGGUAACUGCUGGGCUUUCAAAGGCUCCCAGGGGUUCCUCGUGGUGAGGCUGUCCAUGAAGAUCCGCCCGACCAGCUUCGCCCUGGAGCACAUUCCAAGGACCCUGUCGCCCACGGGCACCAUCACCAGCGCCCCCAAGGACUUCGCCAUCCAUGGAUUAGAGGAUGAGUAUCAAGAAGAAGGGCAGCUUCUGGGGCGGUUCACGUAUGACCAGGAAGGGGAGUCACUCCAAAUGUUCUACGCACAGAAAAGGCAAGAGCAAGCUUUCCAAAUAGUGGAGCUUCGGAUUUUUUCCAACUGGGGCCAUCCUGAGUACACAUGUCUUUAUCGGUUCAGAGCUCACGGAGAGCCCGCCAAGUAAAAGACCCUACUCCCUGCUCCUGUGCGUCUGUAUAUACUGGGAUAGCCUGAGACACUGGGGCCCCUUGAGAGUGAGGGCAUGUGGAGACAGGAUAACACCACCCUCAAUAAAUGUAAGGCCUGCACACAGUGGGCCCUGGGGACUGGUGCAGUCUGUGCUCUGGCACCCACCCAACUUGCUAUUAGGUCCACAGAAAAUACUGCAUGUUGAAUGCGUGGGGUCACAGAGAUGCAUCUCUGUGCAGUCACUUGAAUGUGUGGUUCAUAGACACUUUGUUUUGAGGAUCUGGUUUUGAACAUAAAGCUCUUUAUAUUUGUAUUUCUGGACAUCAGGAACAAAGGAAAUGAAGCUAAAAGAUUUGAUGUGUUCUUGAAGCUUUUGUGUUUCACCAUUCACUGGCCCUUUGUCAGGACUUUUGGGGGUGGAUAUAUGUCAUCUGUUCAAUCCAGCACACCAUUUCUUUCAGGGAAAAACAAUGUCACCAAAUUUCAGAGUUCUGAACUCCUUCCUUUUGGGUGAGAUUCAGCACCAGUAGUUACUUUAUCAUCAGGUGAAGAAAUGACAAAAUUUGUUUUUCUGCCAGUUUGCUCCUGCUCUUGAGGAACAUUUUCAAAGACAGGAUUGGUGUGUUGACACCCAUUCAGGAAUAGGGGAGGGUUUCUCAUCUUUGUCGGUUGAAGUGGUUCUGAAUGAAAGGGGGAUGGUCUGGAUCUAAACAAAUAGUAGAGUUCUCAGGUCUGAGCUGGGCUCAUCCCAUUGGCAUUACCCCGGAGCAUUCACUUGACAAGAUGGAAUAGGAACUGAGGAAUCUGACCUUUUGGAUGUUUUCAGGUUUUGUUUUGAAUUUGCUGAAAAGUGAACACUAACAUGCUUUAAAAUUUCAGGGGCUUGUGUUUUUGUUGUAUUGACAGUGUGGCAAAUUCAUAAAACCAUUACAUUUUAUGAUUGUAAUUUUUCUUACAGCAGCACUUUCUACUGGAUCUAGUUGGGGUUUGCCUUUUAUUACUACUGUCAGCCAUUCUCAAUUCCUGUGAGACUCAUUUUGGUUAUAAUAAAUAUUUAGUCUUUUACUGUGCAGACUUUAUAAAUGAGAUAUCUGCAAGGCACUUAGUGUUACAGAUGUUUUACCUUAAAAAUUACUUGUUUUAUUGGGUUAAGAAUUUUUUGGUGUACCAUAAAUGUUGUAUUUUCAGAAAAAGAAAAAAUGGUGCUGACUGGAUUUCUGAAGAGUUUUAUGUAUACUGCACAACAGUCCUCAAAUAUACAAAAACUACAUGAAGUAGCAUUUUUUUUCCACUUAGAAUUGGAACUAAUGCCUAUGCAGUUAAGUUGGAAUAAAAUAUAUAUAGAUGUUUCAUAUUACAGUAUAAAUAUAUAAAUCAAAAUUUCCUAUAUAAAACUAAAUUUGGGAGUUGGGACGGAAAUAUUUUGAAUAUUUAUUUUUAAAGAUGCAAGAUAGGACUUUGUGCAAUGUAUUUUUGUAAAUGCUUUUCAAAAUAUUUGUCUUUGGUAGUGCUGCUCUGGCUGCCUCCAAAUUGGUAAGAUGCUUUGAAAUGUUUAAAUAAAAGAGUUUUAAUUUUUAAAAGUGCAUGUGCUGUUUCAAGUGAAUAAUAAAGUGUAUUUCUUUUCUCA